AUGAUCGACCGCGUUGGCGAGGUGCUCAAGCGUGCGGGCGUAUCGGUGGUGCUGACGUCCGUCUGCAACGCCUGCGCCUUCUUCGCGGGCGCCCUCGUGCCUGUGCCCGCCCUCAGAGCCUUCUGCAUGCAGGCGGCGCUGCUGGUGCUGGUCAACCUGGUGGCGGCGCUCACCGUGUUCCCCGCGGUCAUGAGUCUGGACCUGCGGCGGCGCCACGCCCAGCGCGCGGACCUCCUGUGCUGCCUCCCGGGCUGGAACCGCGACCAGGUGGUGUCCCUGCAGCCGUCGUCGUCCGCCAGCGCCGCGGCGGAGGAAGGGCGCAGCUGGACGCGCCAGCAACGCCCGCCCCCCGUCAGCAGCGAACUCACCAAGAAGAACACGGUGACGCGGGCCCUCCCUCCCCCGGGGGGUGGCACCGUCACGCAGGUGGUCAUGCCGCCCGUCGCGCCCAGAGAGUGCUGGGCGAGCACCGCCACGCCCACGGACCCUCACGCCCCCUCCGCGCCCUCCCUCGAAUCCUUGGCCACGACGACUUCCACGCGGAACCUUGUGAAGGAGGAGCGCUUCUCGGGCGUCUCGCGGGCGUGGGCGUCGGUGCUGAACUUCUGGUCGGGCUGGAGCCUGGACAAGUGGGCGGCGGAGGUGUACGGGCCGGCGGUGGCGUGCGGGCCGGUGAAGGCGGCGGCGAUGGUGGCGCUGUUCGCCUCGGUGGCGGCGGCGGCGUGGGGCGUGAGUCGCGUGCAGGACGGCCUCGACCUGACGGACAUCGUGCCCAGCGACACGCCCGAGUACGCCUUCCUGGCGGCCCAGCAGCGCUACUUCGGCUUCUACAACAUGUUCGCCGUGACGCAAGGCAACUUCGAGUACCCGACCAAGCAGCGGCUCCUGCACGACUACUACGAGGCCUUCACGCGCGUCAACCACAUCAUCAAGAACGACGACGGAGGCCUGCCCGAGUUCUGGCUGUCGCUCUUCAGGGACUGGCUCGUCGGACUCCAGCAGGCCUUCGACAGGGACUGGCGGACCGGCUGCAUCACCCAGGAGCACUGGCACAGCAACGCCUCAGAAGACGGGAUCCUCGCCUACAAGCUCCUCGUCCAGACCGGGCACGUCGACAACCCCAUCGACCUCUCGCUCGUCUCCCAUACGCGGCUGGUGGACUCGGAGGGCAUCAUCAACCCGAAGGCCUUCUACAACUACCUGACGGCGUGGAAGAGUAACGACGCCCUGGCUUAUGGCGCGUCUCAGGCCGACCUACGACCGGAGCCCCGCCAUUGGUUCCAUGAUGUUCACGACAUCGAUCUGAAGAUCCCGAAGUCGCCGCCGCUGGUCUACACGCAGCUGCCCUUCUACCUGCACCAGCUGGGCGACACCAACACCAUCACCGCCAUGAUUCAGGAGGUCCGGGCCAUCUGCAGGAAGUUUGAGGAGCGCGGCCUGCCAAACUUCCCCACGGGCGUCCCCUUCACCUUCUGGGAGCAGUAUAUUAAGCUCAGGUUUCAUCUGGUGCUGGCGCUGCUGGCGCUGCUGACGGCGGUGUUCCUGGUGCUGGCGGUGGUGCUCAUGAACCUGUGGGCGGCGGCGCUGGUGGUGCUGCUCCUGGCCACGCUCGUGCUGCAGCUGUUCGGCGUGCUGGGCAUCCUGGGCGUGAAGCUGUCUGCCGUGCCCGCCGUGCUGCUGAUCGUCAGCGUGGGCGUGGGCGUGGAGUUCUGCGUGCACGUGACGGUGGGCUUCCUGACGGCGGUGGGCGGGCGGAACCGGCGGGUGGUGCUGGCGCUGCAGCACAUGGCGUCGCCGGUGCUGCACGGCGCCGCCUCCACGCUGCUGUCGUCGCUCAUGCUGCUCUUCUCCGAGUUCGAGUUCAUCCGCCGGUACUUCUUCUACGUGCUGUUGGCGCUGACGGUGCUGGGCGUGAUCGAUGGGCUGCUGUUCCUGCCGGUGCUACUGUCCCUGGUGGGCCCUCCUGCCGAAGUGGUGCCGCGGAACCACCCGGAGCGCCUGCCCACGCCGUCGCCGCCCCCGUCCCCGCAGCCGGCCCACUCCCACUCCCACAGCGGCUCCUCCAGACGCAGCGGGCGAAGCGGCGGCGGCGGAGGAAGCCGCAGCUCGCGAAGGUCGGGCGGCGGCGGCGGCGGCGGCUCGCUGUACCCGCGGCUGCACGGCGGCUCCAACCUCUCGCUCACCACCAUCACGGAGGAGCCUUCGUCAGCCAGGUCCUCGCAGUCGCUCCGCUCCUCGCACGAAAUCGUUGUGAAGCCGCAGGUGGUUGUCGAGACGACCACGACGCCCGCGCACGCAGGUGGCUCCGGCGAGGCGCACCACGACCACCACGUCACCACCAAAGUCACCGCCACAGCCAAGGUCAAGGUGGAGCUCCACACGCCACUGCCGGGUUCGGUGGAACCCACCUACCGCAGCAGCAGCAGUAGCACCAGACGCAGUAGUCGACGGAGCAGCAGCAGCAGCAGCCAUGGCUCGGGUUCGCUCAACGGCAGUCACUCCUCCUCCUCUUCCUCCGGCAGUGGCACGGGGGCCUCCUCCUCCAGGGGGUCAUCGGACAUGGAGGACGAAUCGUCGCCCAAGUGAGGUUCGCCUCUGCCUCUUCCGAAAUGGUGCUAGCGGGGCCUCCUCCGUCGGGAAGCCGAAGCCAAAAUCAAAUAAGCCGAACCGAACUCAGUUACUCCACUCGUCAAAGAAUCUUUUGUCCUUCGCCAGCGCCUUCUUGUGAGACGUGAUCUUCGAAAGAAAAAGCUCCAGUGACCGAAGAGUAUACGACGUACAGACACACACCGGAUCCAGAGUUGAACCUCCCACCCCCCUCCCCCCCUCCCCUCGUCU